CCAAAAUCGAUUCCCCCCACCCCCAGAAAUCUCGCCUGAAAUCUCUUCUUCUUUUUUCCCCAUUUUAUUUUUUCCCAAACCAUAUUGUUGCAAACUCGUAAGAAGAUUCAAAAGAAAUUGAAGAUAAGAGGAUACAGCUUGAAGACGGAUGGUCUUGAUGAGAUUCUCUCCUUCGUCAAUAGCUUCCAAGAUGCUGAAGAUGAGGCUAUUGAUCUCCUCAUCGACUAGCUCGAUCACCAAUCCUGUAAUUUUCUUUAUUUAUGCUUUUCUAGGGUUUUCCUUAUUUUUUUAAUAUUCUAUUAGUAUUUUUUUUAAUUGUAAGCAGUGAAUUCUUCCAUAAUCGACAAGGAGGCGGUGCACCAAGUAGUUAGUCUUCUAUUGGAUGCUGAAGCAGCUGAGGAGGAGAUCUGUUUGAAUAUGCGGAUGUAAUUCUUGCAAAAAUCUCCUUGUUGGAAAUCCAGAGACUUAAUUCGUUUCAGAACACUUUGAUAAUUAGUAAAAGCAAGUAAGAAGGGAAAGACUGAUGCUGGCUUUUUUUGUUUCUGACCACCUAAAAUUUCAUCCAUGAUCCUCAGUCAACGUUUGUUUCUAUGUCUAUACACCACUGUGUUACAAUCUCCUUGGAUAGUAUUAUUUUUCUAAAAAAGUAUUGCAAUCCUUAUAACAUUCAUUCUAUGGCUUUCUGUCUAAUAUGUUGGUCAGUUUCCUUUCUUUAGAUCAUGAUUUAUGAACGAAAAGCAAUUCAUUCUUGCUGAGGUAUGCUGAUUUUCAAUGUUUGUUUACAGACCCUAGUUUUGAUAUAUGGGGCAUCAGUUAAUUUGAAAUGUAAAGAAAAUGGAUCAAUAAAGGAAGUUUCAGACUUGUACUGGAGUUCUAUUGGAGGUCUUGUAGAUUUGUUGAUUUUAGAUGAUAAGAGCUGGACGCAGCUUGUAGAAGCUGCAGUUGAGAAUGUUGAUUAUUUUUUGGCUGAUAUUCUAUCAUUCUUACGAUGAGAAGUUUGUUCCUGUCAGUAUCAUACAUUUCAUGGUACAGUCUAGCAGUAAACCAUAUAUGCAAGCUAGUGAUCAAGCCUAUGUCAGAACUGUAGACACCUCUAUUUGGAGAUAGCAAAUGAUGAAUUUAGGAUCAAUUUUGAAGUCACUUUCUGAACCAUUAUGUGAAUUCUUUGUUUUUAAUUGGUCAGUCUUUCAUGUACCUACUGCUAAUUUCUAGAGGUUACUUUAAAGCUUAUAUCUGAUUUCCUGUAUACCUUUUUCUAUAUGUAUAUACAUUUGAAAUGAGAUCCUGUUCGAUUUCAACAAUACAGUUUAUGGUUGGACAGCUAUCCUCUUUCUCUGCCUUAUAUCUGUCUUAUUUUUACGUGUUGAAACUGCUUUGAUCUUUCUUUUUAUUGUAUAUUAGACGGAGAAAGCAUUUCUCAAACAACCCAAGGUGUUUUUAAGGUGAACUAGCUUCUUCCAUUGUUAUAUAUGUUUUACAUUGUUGCUAAUUCAUCUUACUCAGACCAUUGUUAUAGAAUGUGAAAAGCCAAUGAAGCAAGGAGUUCUCACUCCUGGACGUGUUCGUCUUUUGCUUCACAGAGGUCUGUGGACUUUGAAAUAUUUUUCAAAGCAUUGCACUAGAGCUGUGUAUACUGCUCCAAUUAAAACAAUUAGCAACCAGAAGUAUAGAGAUUUCUGUGGGAAAUUUGAUGUUGGCCUUCUCACAGGUGAUGUUAGUUUGAGACCAGAGGCUUCUUGUCUCAUCAUGACAACUGAAUUGUUAAGGUCAAUGCUUUAUCGAGGUGCAGAUAUUAUUCGCGAUAUUGAAUGGGUGAAGGGGUUGCUUUUUGUAGCAUUACUUUACAUAGUAGUUUCAUUACUUUUUCUGCUGAACGCUCUUGUUAGUUCUUUUGUCUAAUUUGUGAACAUGAUAUUUAAGAUGUAUCUUUCUAUUGUGACUAUAUGAAUGUAGGUUAUAUUUGAUGAGGUGCACUAUGUGAAUGAUGUUGAAA